AUGACAAGUGAAGGGAUUUUCCAGUUCGAACGUGAUACUGACAUUCUGCUGUCAAGUCCAGAGCUGUUUACCGUGGAGGGGGAUGGGAGGUUUGACUCAAUGGGCCAUUCAGCCAAAUUUGGGGCAUACACACUUCUAUGCUCACCUAUAAUGAAGAUUGUGCACUUCGAGUUACUACAGAUAAUUGUGUUUCAUUUUAAUAGCUCCAUCAUUUGCAGUGAACACACUACUUUUACUGUGUUUCAUUUUAAUAGCUCCAUCAUUUGCAGUGAACACACUACUUUUACUAAAUGCAUCAGGUUUUCCACAUUAAAUGGAAACAUAUUUUUAAAAUCUAGGAAUAAACAUGUGCAUCAGACCAUGAAAUUUUGUGCAUAUUGGUUGCAGGCCAACCAGACAGGUAGCAGUAAUGCUAUGGAACUAAAAGGUUCCAAGCUCUGCUAUGAUUAUUUACAGAGGGUUUCAGGGCUGACAGUCAAAGUUUUUGUUUCCGACCGUCACAGGGGAAUAGCCAAAUGGAUCAGAGAAUGUCAACCUUCAGUGACUCAUUUCUUUGACGAAUGGCAUGUAACAAAAGGGUUAGUUAAGAAACUUCUGGCUGCCAGCAAACAAAAAGGUUGCAAAGUGAUUGCACAAUGGGUGAACGCUGUAAAAAAUCACACCUUUUGGUGUUCCACCUCAACAAAAUCUGGUUUGCAAGAUUUAAUUUUGGCCAAGUGGUAAUCUUUCAUGCGGCAUGUGUCAAACAAACAUACCAAUCACCUUGAUGAGCUUUUUGAAGAAUGUGCACAUGAUAAUGACAUUGCGCCUAGGAAAUGGAUCAAAGUAGGUGAGUUAAGCAAAAGGAUAUUUAUCUCUUCAAAUGGCAAGAUAAUAGAAAUGUAAUGCCCUUUUCUAAAUACACAUGUGAAUAAACCAUAUUUUCCUGACAUCUCGGAUAAAAUAUCUGUUUUAAAAUCUAGAAGUAGACUACCAUUCCCUAGAAAUGACUAAUUUCAAACAAUACAAAUUUCAAUUACUGUUUAAAAAAUCUGUUAUAUCUUAUCUCUCAUCUUAAACAUACUUUUGUAGUUGUAACUUUUCAAUGUGCAGAGGAGACAACUUAUGAAGUCAGACACAGGGAAGGACUAUACAUACCUAUGCUCCUCUCAGAUCCCUUUCUCUGACAUGCUCUUUGGAGAUGACCUCCAUAAGCAACUGAAGGAUAUUGGUGACCAGAACAAGAUUGGUGCCAAAAUCCAACCCAGAGACUACCACAGCAGUAACUAUAAAUUCUUAUGGUAGCAAGUUCUCUCACAGGAAUUCAAAAAAACUUGAGAGGCCAGGGCUUCAGGCCCUGGAAAAGGAAAGACAGACAAAAACAGAGCACAAAAAACAUCGACAACAGUCGAAAUCAACCUAGAAAGCUCUAAUGACCUGGUAAGUGACAUCCAUGUUAUGAAACCAGUUUACACCUCCCUUAGAUCAAGAGGCUUCCACCUGGUGGGUUAGAUUGAUGACAUCCUCUUGCUAGCUGAUACACUUCAAGAGCUUGAUAAACAAGUUAGCAAUACCAUUAAAUUGCUAAAAUCCCUCGGUUUUUACUGUCCAUGACACCAAAUCAGUGACAAAACCAUCAGAAGUCAAGUUUCUGGGAUUUAUUCUAAACUCUGUUACAAUGGAUAUCACCAUGGUCCCUGAUAAAGUUGAUAAAUUAAAAAAUGCAUGUAGAAGUCUUUUAAACUAUCAGGACCUGUACCCAUUAGAGAAGUUACUUCUGUGGUAGGCCUCAUGGUUGCCUCAUUCACUGGAGUGUAUUAUGGACCCCUUUUCUACAGGUCUUUAAAGACUGAUAAAACUAAUGCACUUAAAUCACAAGAAUGGAAUCUGGAUGGGGCAAUGACUAUCUCACCUCUUGCUCAGAAAGAUCUAGAAUGGUGGAUAAGGGAAAGUGACCUAUUUCCGUGCCCAUUAGCCUUACAGCUACCUGAACUAACCCUAAAAAACAGAUAG